AUAUAUUUGCCCGCUCUUUAUUCUAGUGAGAUCUACUCUUUCCUGAUUUCCUCUUUUUCUGUCUUUCAUGUAACUUUGUUUAUUCCAAUUUCCACAGCAGAUCUAUCCUCAAAGAGUACCCCAGCUUAUAUUUAAGAAUUUCCAUAACCCCCAGAGCCUUCUUUGAUGAAUAUCACAAGACCCCAUCAUCAACCCCAUCUCUGUCUCUCUAUCCCAUGCAUGAAAACAAUCAAUUGAGUAUCUUUGCCUCUGCAAAAGGAAACUGAACCUUGAUACAAUCCCACAAUUUCUUUUUUUUUUUUUCAUUUUCAAGUUGUUUUUCUCGAUUGUCUUUCCAUGAUGCCUCCUGACAAUCCUUCUGUAAAACCAGCUACUGCUAAAGAAGAAAACCAAAACAGUGGCAACCGGAAAGCAGCUUCAACAAGGCCACAAGAGCACCUAAAGUGUCCAAGAUGUGACUCUCCCAACACGAAAUUCUGUUACUACAACAACUACAGCCUCACUCAACCAAGGCAUUUUUGCAAGACUUGUCGGAGGUACUGGACUAAAGGUGGGGCUUUGCGCAACGUGCCAAUCGGUGGAGGUUGCCGCAAGAACAAGAAGAUAAAAUCGUCUUCAAGGCUGUCAGGUGACUCCAAAGACUCCAUCUCAUCUUCAGAGAUGGGCGGAUUGAAGUUUUUUCAUGGCCUUUCUCCAGCCAUGGAUUUUCAGCUAGGCGGGUUGUCAUUUCCCAGGCUUAGUCCAUCACCAGCUGGUAUUUAUAACCAGUUUGCUUCAUUUGGAGAAACUACUAGCACUUCUCUCAGUCUUGAUCCAUCUGGUAGCUCUAGUUCUUUGAUGGGGUUUAGUAAUUAUCCAUUAUCUUCAGUUACCAGUGGCCCCAGUGGUGCAAUUCAGGAAAUGGGUUCACUGAAUGUUAAUAGUAGCCUUGCUUCUUCAAUUGAGUCUUUAAGUUCCAUAAACCAAGAUUUACACUGGAAGUUGCAGCAGCAACGAUUGGCUAUGCUUUUUGGUGGAGAGAAUAAUCAAAAGGAAAAUACCACCACUAUUUCUUCAGUUCCACUUGAGAACCAAGCACACAAGCCACAAUCCGUUUUGUUCCAGAAUCUGGAGACUUCAAAACCUGAAAUUUUAGCUGUUGGUAAUUCAAGAAAAGGAACAAGCAAUGAGACCGCCACAGAAUGGUUCUUUGGGAAUUCUAUAGCACCAGUAAUUCCAACUCCAACCACUAGCAUCAAUGGCAAUGAUAACACAAGCAACUGGAAUGGCGUUCAAGCAUGGAAUGAUCUGCAUCAGUACAGCACGUUGCCCUAAAAAGAGAAGGAUCUAAAAGGUAGAUGGCAAAAAAGAAAAAUAGGGAAAGAGUAAUAUAUUUUCUAAAAACCCAUUUAGGUAACUGUCUGUUUAAAGUGUUUUAUUAAUUGGGUUCAGGUAUCAUCAACAUGUCAAAGUUGCAGAUAAAAAAAAAUAGUGUUUUUGUCUCUUUUUGUUAUUUAUUUUAAUAAGAUGUUGAAUAUUAGUCACUUUAUAAUUUGGGUUCCUUUUAUUUCUACCAAUUGUUUGUGUUUGAUAUAUACUUUUUGAUGAUAG